UUUUUUUUUUUCUUCUUAUUAUUUUGUCUUUCUUUCUUUUAAUAAAAUAAAAAUGGAUUAUACCUCUCCUCCACCCACAUACUUUAAUUCUGUCAGUCGUUCGUACUCUCCAGAAUAUCAUCAUGUGGAUUCGCCUACCUACAGCUUUUCAAGCGGCAGCAGCAGUGAUCUAUCAAGACCUUUUGAUGAUACAUUUAUGAUCAAAAGAGAGGGAAUAUCACCUAUACCUGACUCGUUUUAUGACGCUUAUUCUCACCACUUGUCAACGGGGUUACCCCUUUUAACGCCACCAGCAAAUGAACACUAUAUCAAGAAGGAAGAUUACCAAGAGAACAAUAUCAUGUGCUGCCCACCUCCUCCUCCACCACCACAACCAACAUGUUAUUCAGGCUGUGAUUGCAUAGGUCCCAAUGUAUUCUAUAAUGGGAUGGUUUCAGAGGCAAUGUUCUAUGACCCUUUACCAUACAAUCUAUUACCUCCUCCACCACAACAGCAGCAUCAGCCUUAUGUCAAUCAACGCUCAAGACAACGCAUGCCCAGAGAUUCAUCGAUACCCACUUUACCUGAAAAGUCCUCCAAUGGGAGUCAUGCUACACCCAGAAGAUAUAAAUGUACUCUUUGCGUCAAGCGAUUUACCCGACCAAGCUCAUUAGCAACACAUAUGCAUAGCCAUACUGGCGAGAAACCAUACAAAUGCGUUGUGGAAGGUUGCGGGCGUAGAUUCUCCGUCGUCAGUAAUUUACGUCGUCAUGCUAAAAUUCAUACACAUACCCCAUAAUUAAAAGGAUAGAGCAAGACUCCUUCUUUUUUUUUUUCCCUCCUUUUUUCUUUCUCCUUUUUUUUUUUUUUGUUUUAUUUUUUUUUUGUUUCGGUGGUAAAACGUCGAAUUGUAAUUAAUUCAGAUAAUUAACUCUUUCUUUCUUCUUCUUUUUUUUUUACACAAUAUACAUGUCACUAAAAAGCAAAAAAAAAAAAAAAAACCAAAAAGAAUCAAAGUGUG